AUGACCACAAACGUGCUUGCGCACCUCUCUCUUCCAGGCGUGGUCUUUGCCAAUCCGGCCGCCUCUGUCCUGCUGCCAGUUGCCUUGGGUGCUGCUGUCGGCUACAGCACAAAGCCCGACCCCAAAGACCGUUCUGUGCGUGCCAUCCGCCAGCCGCCGUUCCGUCCGCCGCCGGCCGCCUUUGGCCCGACCUGGACAGCACUCUAUGCGCUGACCGGCUACGCAGCCCACCGGGCUUUUAGGACUCUGGGUCCGGAUCCGGCGCCAUCCGUCCCGGCCGGGCUUUACUCGCUGCAGCUGGGCCUUAACCUUGCCUGGAUGCCGCUCUUCUUCGUGCUGCGGCAGCCAGUGGCAGCAGCCGCUGACGCGGUCACGCUGCUCGGCAUCAACGUCUUCCUGGCCGUCCGCUGGCUGCGCUCGACCAACCCCAGCACACGUACCGUCGGCUACCUCUGGCUGCCGUACGUCGGCUGGCUUGCCUUUGCCACGUACCUCAGCGUCGGUGUCGGCCACCUCAACGGCUGGUCGUUCCGGCCGGCAAAGAAGUCUUCGACAUCGCCGCCGCCACCACCAUCGGUUUCGUCGUCCUCGGCGCCCUCUCGUCCCUCCCGGGCAUCGUCCUCGUCUUCUUCGCCUUCGUCCUCCUCGGCAGCACCACACAAGGACCGCAAGGGCAAGGGUCGGUCGCGCAAGUGA